UUCUAAAGCAUUACGAAACAUUCAGUUUGUCAAAGCUGGUCCUCGCAAUCUACUCACACAUCUCUGGAAAAACUAUAAGGGAGAGAAUCCAGAAAGCAGAUAUAAAAAAGCUCCUGGCAUCACAAUUUGACAGAAAAUCUUCAAAAAUUAACCUGUCAUUGAAGAAUGGCAUCACCAGCUUUUCAAAUAUCUGCACUGCUUCUGGCUGUUCUGGGUCUCAUCCUUUUGCUUGUUGCCACUGUGUACAACAACUGGAAAAUUUCUAAUCCUGCAAACUGGUUUUAUGAAGGUCUCUGGAGGAGCUGCGUAGCUACUUCUCUGGGCUUGGUUCAGUGCAAGAAAUUCUACUCCUUGCUAAGUGUGGAAACUUAUAUUCAAGCAUGCCGAGCUCUGAUGAUCACUUCGCUCAUCUUGGGUAUGUGUGGGACUCUGCUGACAUUGCUUGGUUUGAAGUGUACUCAACUCGGAUCCAAUAGCGAAAAUACAAAAUCAAAGAUUACCAUGACGGGGGGAAUGAUCUUCAUUUUAGCAGGUCUCUCAUCAAUGGUUGCCGUUUCUUGGUAUGCAGAAAGGAUCACAGCUCAGUUUUUUGAUUCAAUAUAUGGUGGGACCAAGUAUGAACUAGGAUCUGCACUAUAUCUAGGCUGGGCCGGUUCUGUCCUUUCUAUACUUGGUGGGAGCUUCCUGAUAUGUUCAUCAUGCAAAGGAAAAGACAGAGACUACAGGUAUGAUCCCGCUGCUGCCCAGCAAAGCAACGAACCACUGGCUUACAUCAAACAGUCUCAGAUGGUCACAUCUGCCAAAGACUAUGUUUAGAUUUUAAAAAAAAGUUUUACAUUUUCUAACUCAUUAUAAAAUCUAAGCCCCCAUCCCAUCCCCAACAUUUCACUUUCAACAGACAUUUUACAUCUUAGUACUGAAUUUUUGGUAAGUGUAGAAUUUCCUUUUGGCGAUAGUUUAAACUACAGUAUCAUAAGAACUGGAUGUAUGAAAAGUAAAGGAAAAAUGUGUAACAUUAUAACAUCCCCAAACCCCAAGGGGCAAUGGCUACCUUUAUCUAGUUUGUUAAAUGCAUUGUUUCUUAUUGUACUAGAGAACACUGUAAACAAAGGAUCAUUUCAGGAAUAAAAUGACAUAUAACCCUCUGAAGGAUUCAAUAUUCAGCUAUACAGUAUGCAAGCACUAUCUGAGGAAUGAACUAAUACAUUCUGACUACUUGUCAAGCACUUCAUAAUAAAGUUGGUAUAACAUUUACGUAGUGAUUCCAAGUGUUCAGGGUGCUUCACACACACAUUAUCUCAAUAACUAUUACAACAGCCCUGUACAGUUGGCUAGAUAAUCCCGAUACUGCAGAUGAAGGAAGGGCUGAGAGAGAGAGAGACUUGCUUAAAGUUUCCUACUGAGGUGAGAUUUGAACUGGGAAUAUUCUAGCUCAUUGCACUUAGCCACUGCAUACAGAACUCUCAAUGGCCAGGACUGUUAAGAGAUAUUUUGAGCAGAGUCUUUGUUACAUGUUUCAACCUGCUGCUUAUGAAUGUAUACUCUACAGAGUGCUAAAAAUCUUAACUGUAAAUAUUUACAAUAAACUUGGAGUUGUGCUUCUUUAUAACAA